AUGCCGUUACGGCUGCUCAUUUCCAACUUAACUUCGACCAUGUCUGCUUACCCCAUCUCUGAGCCGGGUAAUAUGAGCCGGGAUGGAACCCCUCCUUCAAUUCCAGCAAAGACGCUCUUGUUGGCCCACCAGUUACCGGAACUUGGCGAGCAACAUUUGCGAGAAUGCUUAGAUCGCACUGUCGGUGAUGGUUGUGAUAUCCGUCAUUUCUACGAGGUAAUGCUUGAUGCCAUCAAGUCAAACAAGGUAUAUCUCGUGAAAGAGCUACUCCGGUGUAAAAUGCCCGUGUCGCCAAUCUAUGUACUUGAAGCUGUGAAGGCAAAGGCAAAAGAUAUCCUGACAACCUUCUUUGAUAACGGCUGGGAUAUCAACACACCAAUGAAUGGAUUGGACCCUCCUAUUCUUGCCAACGCUCUCGAGGACUUGGAAAUGACAACAUGGCUCCUUGAUCGCGGCGCAGAUGCUAACGCACGAUGUGAUAUCGACAACACCCCGCUCUCUUAUGCUGUCCGAUACGCUGGUUUGCCAGCUAUCGAUCUCCUCCUACGCCGUGGUGGUGAUGUCAACAUUGGCCAGCUUGUGCAUAAUGCGAUUUAUCGAGAGGUCGACACCCUUAAAGUUGUCGAAUUCCUCAUUGAUCGGGGUGCUUCUGUCAAUUCUCUCAUGUACCAAACCCAUCAGUAUUCUAGGAACAUGUUUCCUUUCAUGAGGGAAACUCCUCUACACACGGCAGUGGCUCUUAAAAGAGCUGAUGUUAUUCGUUAUCUGAUUCACAAAGGUGCAAGUGUGGAAAUCAAAGAUUGCAGGGGUCAAACAGUCCUGCAGUCCGCAGAUGAAGAAACCAGAAUUCUUAUUAUGCAAGAGAUUCGGAGCAGCAGCGUGUUACACGCAUAUUGA